AUGACGCUGGUACAUUUAUUAAUUAUCUCGAUUAGCAUUCGGUGCUUGCUCGCCCAGACGAUCUCCUGGGACGCCGUAGUCGACGCGGGCAUCGAGGACACAUUUUUUAAUCAUAAAAAGAAAGAAACGUGUGACGACGAGGAAAGCGUCAACUUAUCCAAUCUCGAAUUGAAAGAAAUCCCGAAGCAUGUUGUUAGAAGUCACGCUAUAACAUCUAUUUCUAUGGACAACAACCAAAUAUCGGAUAUUUCAACAGAACUAUUGGACGACACUCCAAACUUGCAAUGUUUAAAUCUUGCACGAAACAGAAUUCCGUACGGUAAAAUGUUUGGCUUUAAGCAUGAUCGUUUAAAGACGUUGAUUCUGGAUCACCAGAAAUCAUUUAGAUCACCUAGCUUCUGGGGGAGUCUAGCAGGUAACAGUUACUACGACCCGCGUUCGAGGGUAUCCAACAAGCAGGGCUCGUUUUUCCCAAGCUUGGAGAGUCUCCAUUUAAGUGGAGUCGAUUUCGAAUACUUUAUACCGUAUUUCAAUAAAUCAUUUCCAGUACUAUCAAAUUUAUACCUCGCGGAUAAUGAUCUUCAGUACAUACGCGAAGACAUUUUCUCAAUACUUCCAAAACAUUUAAAAAGCCUUCACCUGGAAAGAAACAAACUUCGUGAAUUGACUUUCUACGGUUUAAGUCCUAUCGAAGAAUUGUAUCUCGAUGGCAAUCCUUUGGAUAUCGUCCGUAUCAUCGACCCCUAUGAUCUUGAUUUUCCUGUUAAUUCGAAGUUGAUUAAACUCAGCUUAAAUAAGUUAUCGCUCUCAAAUUGUAACAUGACUGACGAAAGGUUGGAUCGUGUACUUUCAUGGUACUCUGAGGAUGUAACUACAUUGGAUUUGUCCCAUAAUCACCUUCAGCUCAAAAAUUAUAAUUUUAAAUCGCACAGUAUGUUGCAGCAUUUGUCGUUGACUCAUAACCACUUAACGACCAUCCCAGAUAUUAAUCAUUUGAACAGACUGAAUAGUAUUUCAUUAAGUUACAAUUUCAUCGAAAGGGUUCCAAAACUAACUAUGCCGAAAUCGUUGAAGAAGCUUAAUUUAAGAGGCAAUAAAAUAAUCGAAAUCGAGAAUGAAGCAUUCGCGAACCUCGUCCAACUAGAAGCGUUGGACCUUGCAGAGAACCAACUAAAAUAUUUGCCUCAGGAGUGGCAAACAAAUUUAGUUGUGUUAAGAUAUCUAAAUUUGAAUGAGAAUCAGUUCGCUAGCAUCGAGUAUAUGAUGCUAAGACCGUUAUUGAAUUUAAGAGAAUUUCACAUAGCGGGAAAUCCGAUCAAGUCUAUCGAUCACGGUUCCCUUGCGAUUAUUCCCGAUCAGUGUACAGUAUACGUUCUGUCAAAUAAAGAGACAAUGGCAAUCGAACUCUGGAAGAUUGUACUCCUUCUCGGUUUGCAGUCGAUCUCUGUUCAUGGCUUCAACUUUGACUUCCAGGCUAAGAAGCCACACAUUAGCAAAAGUACACCACAACCUCCCAUAAACUGGCAGCAACCAUCUUCCUAUGGACAACCACCUUCCUAUGGACAAGCAUCUUUCUAUGAACAACCACCUCCCUAUAGACGACAAAAUUCUACAGACGUCCCAACAGAAACCUGCGAGAAUUCACCAGUGAUACUGAAGUUAACCCGCACAGGCUUGAAGAGAGUCAACGAUGGUUUCAUCAACAGCGACAAGGUUACAGAGCUGCACCUAGACGAUAACGACAUCACAGAGAUCUCGGCAGGCGCAUUCGACUUCCUCCCCAAUCUGGAGCUGUUGAACCUGACAGGCAACAACAUCUCCACGUCUCGAUUGUUAUGGUUCAACAAGCUGUCGUCCUUAAGAACCUUAAUUCUUGAUGGCAACAAGCGCCGCGAGACGGAAGCAACCUUGGAUCACAUCUUCCAUCCACUAUUAAGACUACGGGAACUUUCUCUGAGUAGAUGCGGAAUCUCGCGUCUGACAGUCAACUUGAAGACGUUCGCGCCGAGUUUGACGCGUCUUCGCCUUUCCGGCAACGCCAUCAACUCGUCGGACUUCCUCGAAGAAUUACCAGAGUACUUGAUCGAGCUAAACUUGAACGACAAUCUCCUGACGAGCGUUGGAAUUGGCAUGGCGAACGGCCUCGAGGUGCUUACUGUCAGUGGGAACAAGUUAGAGAAGCUUGGUGACUCGUCCCUGUCGUUGAAGAAUGCGUUGAAGAUGUCCAAGCUGAACGCGUCGCGAAACAGGAUCACCGAGAUUACUGAGAACGCCUUCGAGGACACCAAGCAUCUCAAAGUCUUGGACCUGUCGCAUAAUCGACUGAAAACGCUCCCCAGUCGCCUCUUUGAUGAAUUGGCAUACCUGGAGAAGCUCUUGGUGAGCCACAACCAGUUGACAUAUAUGCCAAACGUGAACUCGUUGAAUAGCCUGAAGCUGCUGGACCUGUCUGGCAACCACAUCCUCGACAUCGGGAACGACAGCUUCAAUCGUACCAUGCCGCGCUUGGAGACCCUUCUUCUGGCUAAUAAUUACAUCUCCAACGUGGACAGUAGGUCGUUCACUAAGUUCUCGUACUUGAGGAUGCUGGAUCUCUCCAGCAAUUCGCUUCUCGAUCUUCCAGCGCACCUGAUCAAUAACACGAGAUAUCUUAAGGUGUUUUUACUGCGUGACAACGACAUCGUCAAGAUCGACGACCUGCGCCACGUGAAGUCGUACAGUCUAGAAGAGCUGCACCUCCAGAGAAACCCCUUGUCCCACAUCAGCCUUGCUGCUCUUUUGCCAGAUAAUCUGCCGAACCUUGUUAUAUAUAUUAACGACCCGUCGAAAAAGAACGAGGAGGAUGAUGAGAAUGAUCAGGGUGAUUGCAAGAAGGAUUGCGGGAAGGAUGACGAGUAA